UAUGAAAAUUUACAGACAAAACAAUAAAGAAAAGUUGAAAGAAGAUAACCGAAAAUACCGAGAAGCUAAUAAGGAAAAGAGGCGGGAAUCUGGUCGAAAAUACCGAGAAGAUAAUAAGGAAAGGUUGAAAGAAUCUAACCGAAAAUACCGAGAAAAUAAUAAGGAAAAGUUGACUGAAUCUAACCGAAAAUAUAAACAAAAUAAUAAAGAAAAGAGACGUGAAGCUGAUCGAAAUUAUUCCCAAAAUAAUAAAGAAAAGAGGAAAGAAUAUUUCCAAAAUUAUCGAGAAAAAAUGAAAAAUAAAAAGGAAAACUUAAAAAAUGUUGAUCCGAAAGUAGGCUUGCGUGUUGUAUUUCAAAAAAAUACCGGAACUAGAACAGGAACUUCCGGUAAAACUAAAAUAAGGGUACGAAAUAGCGAAACGAAAUUUCGAUCAACCCUGAUUCAAACCUUUCGCAAUGCACUUUCCUUUAAUUUAGACAUGCACUUUUAUUUUUUAUUAUGA